AUGGCGCCGAGGUUUAAAGAUGGGGACGCUGUUGCGACGGUAAACGGGAAAUGGGUCUCGUGGACUCACACUGCUGUCGCCUAUACUGCCUUUCUCAGCGCCCUGGUUGUUGGUGUGAGUUUGCACUUUCGAAAGAUCGUGCAAAACGAACACUACGGUUACCCCGACGAAUGGUUUCCCUCCGUUUCGGCAACAAUUGGUGAUCGGUACCCGGAACGCUCUUUCUUCCAGGUUUUCAUCGCUAUCACGUCAGGCCCUCGAUUCGCUCUGGUCUUCCUUUGGUAUCUUUUGACUGCCCGCCCUAAUUCGACCCUUCCCAAGUUCGUUGCCGGUGUUGGAUUGUUUCGGACAUUUACCUGCGGAGGUUGGACAUACGUGACAUCGACCGACGACCAUGAUUGGCACGAUAUCUUCAUGAUCUCCUACUUGGUUGCAACAUUGCCUUGGACCCUUGGUUGUCUAGCUCUGAGCCCUAACAACCGUCGCGCUGUCAAAUAUCGAAAAAUACUUGCCAGCCUCUUCUUCGGCACAUUGGUGCCGUUGAUCUACUACUUUAUCCAGCAUAAAGUGCACAAGGUUCCUGGAGCCUACACGAGAUACGCCUUCUUCGAAUGGUCUCUGAUCCUGUUUGACGUUGGAUUCGAUGCUGUCACAGCACUUGAUUUCGAAGCCUUCGAGAUUGUUGUGAGGGAUGUUAAAGGAAUCAGUCGAGGGCAGUUGAAAACUACAGCGGACUCCGUCCUCGAAAACGAGAAGGGGAAGCCUGUCGGGAAUACCUUUGGGCAAGGAUUCUUCUGGAGUGAAGUUUUCGACGCUGCAGCAGAUGCGUACAAUGGGUUUGUCUACUGGACCAACUGGACUGCCCUUCCUGUGCUUGUUUGGUACUUUCCCCUCUGGCACAUGGGCAUCUCUGGAUAUGAGGUCGUUAUUCUCAGUUAUCUUUCGCCCGUUCUCCUUGCAAUCCCCGCUUUCAGGUCUUUGGCUAUCAACAAUCCUCGUCUCUUCCAUUUCUUGUCUUUGUCUGGAUUCCUCGCCUACAAAGUGCAAGACCCCGCCAACCGACUUUUCAUCAGCACAUUCUCCGUCUCCUGCAGUUGUAUCACCUUCGUUGCUACCCUGUACGCAGACAGGGCGCAAAGUGCAAGACUAGAGUCCCGGAUUUUCGCCUGGGGUAUUGGUUUGAUCAUGUCUAGCGUUGCCAAGCUUGCCGGUAAGACCAAUAACCCCGUCUGGCCUAUUAUGCAUGCGAGCAAUGGCGGCUGGAAUAAGAUUGGACUGCUCCUUGCUGUUCUAGCGGGUGUUCGCUCAUUCAGGCGCACUACAAGUAGUGGUGGCGACUACUUCCCGUCUGCUGGCAAAAAGGGAUCGUCUCUGCUUGCUGGUCUGGGAGUCGGUAGUAUGAUCUUCGCGAUGCAUUUUCUCCUUUCAGAUUCCAGUACUAUGAUCUCCUGGGUUUGGGAAGGCUACCCAGUUCGCGGCCCCAUUGCUGUUCCUCACGGCGCGCUCACAAUCUUUGUGAUGGGUGCUGGGCUUGUGUUUGGCUUAUUCUAUCCUAAUGUUGCUGGAAGCUGGACCGCUUUUGGACUCGGCUCAAUGGGUGCAGCAUUUCUCACGGGCUCUAGCCACUGGAGCGGAUUCUAUGGCGCCCUUAUCAUUGCUUUCUACGUUCUGGCAGUCACCCCGGUUCUGAUCUCUUCUGCCGUUCGCCAUUCCCCUGCUCCGACCUUCGGCCUGGGCUUCUUUGUGUAUAUCUUUCUUCUCCUUUUCCAUGUCUGGGUUGUUGCUUACGCGUUUGUUCCCGGCGGGCCGCUCGUCAGGGAACAUACUGAUUGGAUCAUGGUCAUCACUAUGCUGUGCAUUGGCGCAGGUGUGUUUUCUGCGUCUGUUUCGAAGCCAAGCAACCCAAAGAACAAACCUAUUAGCCCGAACGGAAGGAGAGCCCGCUCAUACUACGUCUAUGUGCUCGUUGCUCUGCAACUGCUAUCUGUGUCCAUCGCCUACCUCCGUUUUCCAACAAAUGAUUACACGCCAUACCACAAAGAAGACAAGGCUGUAACCGCUGGAAUUUGGACUGUACAUUUCGGUCUCGACAAUGAUAUGUGGGCUUCCGAGCGCCGCAUGCGUGAUGUCAUCCAGGAGCUGGAGCUGGAUGUUAUCGGUCUCCUCGAGUCGGACAACCAGCGCAUCAUCAUGGGUAAUCGCGAUGUCACCCAGUUCUUGGCGGAAGAUUUAGGCAUGUACGCAGACUUCGGACCAGGCCCUAACAAACAUACCUGGGGUGCCGCUCUGCUCUCCAAGUUCCCAAUCGUUAACUCCACUCACCAUCUCCUGCCUUCCCCGGUUGGUGAACUCGCUCCUGCCAUCCAUGCCACUUUGGACAUGUAUGGAGAGAUGGUUGAUGUUGUUGUCUUCCACUCUGGACAGGAGGAAGACCCCGAGGACCGUCGCCUCCAAACGGAGUACUUGUCAAAGCUGAUGGGCUCUUCUCCCCGCCCACUGAUCUUGCUGAGUUACCUCGUGACUAAGCCUCUUGAAGGAAACUACAACACCUACGUCAGUGACUUAAGCGGAAUGAAGGACAUUGACCGGACAGACUGGGAUCGCUGGUGCGAGUACAUCCUUUACAAGAAGCUCAAGCGAACCGGCUACGCACGAGUCAGCCGUGACUCUAUUACCGACACAGAGAUUCAGGUUGGUAAGUUUGUGAUUGGAGAGCCCGAACCUGAGAGCGAAAUGAUGAUUCCGGAGGAAAUGGUGCCUCAAGGACUUCGAUUCCCUGCGCUCUUCCGUGGCCAAGGAGUGCGAGGCCACCGCUAUCAUGUGUUCAACGAGCCCAGAUACUGGCAGUGA